AUGGCCCCUCCUAAGAUCUUCUCGCUCGAUGGCAAAAGCCUCAAGCUCGACACUGCGGAGGAUAUCGAGGCUCACAUUAAGCCUUUGACUGAGAGCACUGACUACACUGAGAUUCAUUUCGGUGGAAACACCCUCGGAAUUGGUGCCUCCGAGCGCCUCGCUGCCGUUCUCGCAACCCAGAAGAACCUCGAAGUCGCCGACUUGGCCGAUAUCUUCACCUCCCGUCUCCUGUCGGAAAUCCCUCCCGCCCUCAAGGCUCUUCUCGACGCCAUCCUUGAGAUCCCGACUGCCCACACGAUCAACCUUUCCGACAAUGCUUUUGGUCUCAACACCCAGGCCCCCCUUGUCGAUUUCCUGUCCAAGCACACCCCUCUCCGCCACCUCAUCCUGAACAACAAUGGUUUGGGUCCCGCUGCCGGAACUCUGAUUGCCGAUGCCCUCAGCAAGCUCGCCGAGCGUAAGGAGGAGGCUCGCAAGGAAGGCAAGGAGGUUGCUGCUCUGGAGAGCAUUGUUUGCGGUCGCAACCGUCUGGAGAACGGCAGUAUGGAGGCUUGGGCUCGUGCCUACCAGAAGCACGCCGCUGGCUUGAAGUCUGUCAAGAUGACCCAGAACGGUAUCCGCCAGGAGGGUAUUGCGCACCUGUUGAAGAACGGUCUAUCCCACGCCCAGGGCUUGGAGGUUUUGGAUUUGCAGGACAACACUUUCACUGUUAUGGGAUCCGCUGCCCUCGCUAGCGUUUUGCAAGGCUGGGCCUCUCUGCGUGAGCUGGCCGUCGGUGAUUGUUUGCUCUCUGCCCGCGGUGGUGUGAAGGUCGCCCAGGCUCUCGCUGCCAAUAAGAACCAAAAGCUGCAGAUCCUGCGUCUCCAGUACAACGAGAUGAAGGCUGACAGUGUCAAGGCUUUCACUCACGCUGCCAAGACCGCUCUCCCCAGUCUGCGCCGUGUCGAGCUGAACGGAAACAUCUUCUCUGAUGAAGACGUGAACAUCACUGCCCUCAAGGAGCUCCUGGAGGCCCGCCAGGAAGAGCACGGCACCGACGAGGACCCCGAGGAUACAUGGGGUGUCGAUGAGCUGGAUGAGCUUGAGUCUGAGGAUGAGGAUGAGGAGGAAGAAGCCGAAGAGGAAGAGGAGGAGGAAGAGGAGGAGGCCAAGGCCGAGAAGGACCUCAAGGAUGCUGAUCUUGCUGAGGAGGAGGAGGUUGCUCAGAAGUCGGACAAGGAUGUCGAUGCCUUGGCUGACGUCCUGGGCAAGACUGGCAUCUAG